AUUUGAUCAUUGUUGCAAUGCAGAUAAAGGAAAGCAUUGAAGCAGCUAGACCAUGUACAGUUCGAAUCCUAAACUACAGGAAGGAUGGAAGUUGGUUUUGGAACUUGCUUCAUAUCUCGCCUGUUCGGAAUGCUACAGGAAAGAUAGCAUAUUAUGUGGGAGUUCAAAUAGAGGAAGAAGAAGAAUGCAGUAAAAGUAUGGAAAGGAAUAGACUGAGUCCAGAACAGAGGCAUACAAGUGUAGUGGCUGUGGUUAAAGUUUCUGUAAGAUAUUUAUCAAUGGGAGCAGCAAGUUCUUCCAAGUAAUAAUAAAUUAUUAAUAAUAGGAGGUAAAAGGUUGUGUAAAAGUAAAAGUGUAUUAUUAUCAGACUAUUUUAUAUAUCUAAUACAAAUGAUAUUUCAAU